CAUCAAUCAAUCUCCUGCUUCCUGGUGGUGGCAACCACGAACACCACCAGCGACAUACAUGCGGACGCCCUUAACUCCACCACCACCACCCAACCCGCCAUCUCUGCUCUGCACGCCAUCGACUUCUGUCUCCCUCUGCGACCUCCGUCCAACCGCCAACUGUGCGCCAUGGAGUGACGGGCGCUGCUAGCUGGGUGGCAUGGAGCGCAUCAGGUUCAGGAGCGUCGACGCCGGCGCCCGCACGUACCCGACCACGCUGCCGAGCCCGAGGAUGCUCGACGCCGCCGCGACGGAGCCGCCGGGCUUCAGGAAGAGCAUGAACCCGAUCUAUGCGGACGGGACCGCCCGCUCCGCCUCCACCGCGACGGUCCCGGCCUCCCUCGACGCCCCCGACCCGGACGGCUCCAUACGAAGCCACGCCGACGCCGACGCCGACGCCGGGAGCGGGAACAGCAACAACAACAGCGUGGCCGCGGUGCUCGUGCGGCGGCACACCGGCGGGGACGGGCGCUGGGAGGCCAUCCGGGCGGCGGACGCGCGCGAGUCGCCGCUCAGCCUGGGCCACUUCCGGCUGCUCAAGCGGCUGGGGUACGGCGACAUCGGCAGUGUGUACCUGGUGGAGCUCCGCGGCGCCGCGGGCGGGGGCGCGCUCUUCGCCAUGAAGGUGAUGGACAAGGGGUCCCUGGUGAGCCGGAACAAGCUGUCCCGCGCGCAGACGGAGCGCGAGAUCCUCGGCCUGCUCGACCACCCCUUCCUCCCCACGCUCUACUCCCACUUCGAGACCGACAAGUUCUUCUGCCUCCUCAUGGAGUUCUGCAGCGGCGGCAACCUGCACUCCCUCCGCCAGAAGCAGCCCAACAAGCACUUCACCGAGCACGCCGCCAGGUUUUACGCGUCCGAGGUGCUGCUGGCGCUGGAGUACCUGCACAUGCUGGGCGUGGUGUACCGGGACCUCAAGCCGGAGAACGUGCUGGUCAGGGAGGAAGGCCACAUCAUGCUCUCCGACUUCGACCUCUCGCUCCGCUGCGCCGUCAGCCCCACGCUCGUCCGCACCCCGUCCGGCCGCGUCGGCGCCGCCGCCGGCCUCGUCCACGGCUGCAAGCUCCCGCGCAUCCUCUCCUCCAGCAAGGCCAAGGGCAAGAAGAAGCUGGCGGCGGCCAAGGCCAACCAGCAAGAACUGGUGGUCGGCGACGGCAAGAAGCAGCCGUGGACGUCGCUCGAGUUCAUGGCCGAGCCGACCGGCGCGCGCUCCAUGUCCUUCGUCGGCACGCACGAGUACCUGGCGCCCGAGAUCAUCCGCGGCGACGGCCACGGCAGCGCCGUCGACUGGUGGACCUUCGGCGUCUUCCUCUACGAGCUGCUGCACGGCACCACGCCCUUCAAGGGCUCCGGCAACCGCGCCACGCUCUUCAACGUCGUCGGCCAGCCGCUGCGCUUCCCGGACGCGCCCGGCGUCAGCGCCGCCGCCAGGGACCUCAUCCGGGGCCUGCUGGCCAAGGAGCCGCAGAAGCGGCUCGCGUACCGCCGCGGCGCCGCCGAGAUCAAGCAGCACCCAUUCUUCGAGGGCGUCAACUGGGCGCUCGUCAGGAGCGCCGCGCCGCCCUACAUCCCCGACGCCGUGGACUGCUGCCCCGCCCCCGUGCGCCUCCCCAGCGACGCCCCGUCGCAGGGCGGCACGCCGAGGAGCGCCGCCGGUGGGAAGGCCGGCUCACCUCAUGCUGAUCCGUCGUCGUACGUCGAUUUCGAGUACUUCUAGGAAGCAAUCUUCUGCUAGGUCUCGCUUCACCACACAACACACACGUGCCCGAGAUAGCCCCAUCUCUGUCCAUGUUAUUUUGUUCAUCAAAUAUUUCUAGCAAAGCCUUCGUAUGUUGCAGAGUGCAGAUCCAUUGUUGCACUGUAGGGCUGAAGUUUCUUUUCUUCUUCUUUCUAAA